AGGCGUGAAGUCUGGCGGGAUUGGCGGAAAGUAGCCAAAAUGGGCAAAAGACAUCAAGUGUUAGACGACCAAGAAUCACGCAAUGAGGAAUCCGGUAAAAAGACUGAUGGAAGAAUAGGAAAACGGUUAUCAGAGACUAAGGGGCGGAAAAUUAAGGCCGAAAAUGACGUUAUUCCUUAUAGGCGUAAAUUUUGUGAAAAAUGGCUCCACCUCCCAGAAGUAAGAGACUGGAUAUAUCCACUUAAAAACGAACCAAUGCUAGUCUGGUGCAAAUUUUGCAAAACGAAGAUCCGCGCACAUUUAACUGACUUGAAAAUUCAUAACAAAACCCUAAAACACAAGCGCAAUGUAGGGUCGCUCCGACCUGAAGUUCCUCGAGACGUGUUCAAAGUGGAGCACGAUACCCACGCUCCUUCCUCGCCGAAACAAGUGUUCGCGGACAUGGCAGAAGCCUAUGCAGAUGAUGCAGAUAGUGACACAAAAGUUGUCAUACAUUUUUCAGAUGUUGAAAACAGUGACGUAACAAGUACAGAAAUGGCAGACCGAGAAGUUUUAAAUCCUGCGAACAUUGGCUUCAUAGGAUGUGGCAAUAUGGCACAAGCUCUCCUCAAAGCCUUUGUUAAAGAAGGCCUUGUGGAUCCAUCACAGGUGGUUGCCAGUGCCCCAUCAGACAGAAAUUUGUCCAAAAUACGACCCAUGGGAGUCAAGACAACAAAUGAUAAUAACAGAGUUGUAUGUGAAAGUGAUAUGGUAUUCUUAUGCGUGAAGCCACACUUGUUAGCAGAUGUGAUAGAAGGCUUAGACCCAUUAGAAAGGAAUCAUAAUCCACUAUUUGUGUCAGUCAUCACUGGCUUUGACUUGCAUACACUAGAGCAGAUGCUGAGUUCCAUAGUUGAUACUCCACGUGUAGUUCGAACCAUGCCAAAUACUCCAUGCAUGGUGGGCCAAGGAUGCUGUGUGUACACCCUUGGUAGAUUUGCAACCUCUGGGGAUGGUUCUGUAAUGAAUUCGAUGCUCAAGUCAGUGGGUGUUUCUGCUCAGGUUCCCGAAUACCAGAUUGAUGCAGCAUGUGGCCUAGCUGGAUCAGGUCCUGCUUAUAUAUAUGCUGCAAUAGAGGCUCUUGCUGAUGGAGGAGUUAAAAUGGGUUUACCUCGUCAUUUAGCACAAACUCUAGCUGCUCAGACUGUCAAAGGAGCUGCCACAAUGGUAAUGGAAACAGGCAAACAUCCAGGACAGCUGAAGGAUGAGGUGUGUUCCCCAGGAGGCACAACCAUCACUGCUAUGCAUGUACUGGAGCGUAAUGGAUUAAGGAAUGCACUCAUCUCGGCUGUGGAGGCAUCAGCAAAUCGUUCCAAAGAACUUGGAAAAAAGUAGAUGUAACUGCCCUAAAAAGAAAGAUUAUUACUUUCAUGAAUUAUUGAUCAUAAACAUCAGUACUAGGAAAAAAAUGAUAGAACUAUUAAAUUUCUGUGUAACAGUGAAACAUAAAGAAGUUCCUUUCUUAAUCAUUCCACUGUCUGGUAGUUGUCAUAUACACAUGUCUCUGAUGAUGUAUAAUCACAUGUAGUGGAAUAAUAGUAAAAACAUAACUUGGGUGUGCAAAAGAACUACCUUAGAUGUCCCUGUAUGAAAUAAUUCUUUUUAAAUGAUAUAAGCAAUUGUUUUUAAAGAUAGUAGUCUGGUAACUUGGCAUGGAAAAGAAAUAGGAACUGGAAUAGAAAAAUAAUUUAACCAAUUAGUCUCUGUGGUUUGUUAAGGAAAAAUAGGGAUUUCACAAUUUAGAGAGGAAAAUUGAGUAACUAUGCAGUAAUGAGAAUGGAUUGUAAAAUUAGUGUACUGAAAGAACAGUUGCUAGGUCACUUGAUUAGGCACUUACUCCUUAGUAUCACAUUUGGUAAUUGAGAUAAUGAAAGGAAUCAGACUUAUAAUUACUGGGAAAUCUUGUCAUCUCAAAACCUUUGCAGGUAAUUGCCAAAUAUUUUUGAAAAUUUAUUAUUAUGCCAUGUCAAAAUACAAGUUCCAAAUAAUCUGUAACUCUUUAAGUUGCAGUUUCCCUUAAAUAUCAUUAAAAUUCUUUGUUGGGCUUUGCUCUUACCUUAAGGAAAAACACCUUUUUACCUAGUCAUUUUUGGUAAAUCAUGUAUGGGCAACAAGGAUAUAUAUAUAUAGAGAGAGAGAUUUUUUUCCUAUAUGUAAUUGUUUAAUGGAUAACAAUAAAAGACAAUAGUAAGUAUAUACAAA